AUGAAGGAGGAGGGCCUGACUCUGAAGCAGGGCAUGGAGGCCUGCUCCUCUGUGGAGGACCCCUUCAACACCGAUUAUAGAAUGAUGAUGACUCUGGGACACGGACAUUUUUCUGAAGUUAAACUCGCCUUCCAUGUGCCCACUGUGACCUGUGUGGCUGUAAAACUCCUUAGAAACAAGAAGAAGUACAAUUCGAUUUUUAAUAGUGAAAUCAGCGUCAUGAAAUCCAUGAACCAUCCAAAUAUAAUCAAGCUGUUUCACGUGAUCGAGAAGGAAGAGAUCACCUACCUGGUGAUGGAGCACGCCUCAGAGGGAGAGCUGCUGCGGCGCAUCCUGGAACGGGGGUCUUUACCGGAGAGCGAGGCUGAAAUGAUAUUUACUCAGGUGGUACACGCAGUGAAUUACUGUCACGAAAAUCAAGUUGUCCACAGAGAUAUAAAAGCCACGAAUAUUCUUAUGGACUGCAGGGGGAACGCCAAGCUGAUUGAUUUUAGUCUCUCUGUCAAAGUAACUCCUGGGCAGAAACUGCGGGGU